AUGUUAGCCGUCGGGCAGAUGGAUAACCGCCAGAGUGCAUUCGUUCUGAGCAGUACGCCGCUGGCUGCGCUUCAUAAUAUGACUGAAAUGAAGGCAUCUAUAUUCCCCUACUCUUUGCAGAAUCCCUCGAGCUUCAAAGCCCCUACUCUGGCGAGUUUGAACGCACAGAUCCCGCUGGGGACGCCGCACGGAAUUAGCGACAUUCUAGGCCGCCCUGUUACCACGGCCAGCAAUCUGCUCUCUGGACUCCCUCGACUCAACGGACUUGCCACAACGGCGGGGAUGUAUUUUAACCCGACAGCAGCCGCCGUCUCCAGGUACCCCAAGCCCCUUGCAGAAUUGCCGGGGAGGCCCCCCAUCUUCUGGCCGGGAAUGAUGCAGGGAUCCCCGUGGAGAGAUCCCAGGGUAGUCUGUCCAACGCAAGGUAGUUUAGUCCUUGACAAGGACGGGAAGAAGAAGCAUUCCAGGCCAACAUUUUCAGGUCAACAGAUUUUUGCUCUGGAAAAAACCUUUGAACAGACCAAAUAUUUAGCUGGACCAGAAAGAGCCCGGUUAGCCUAUUCUCUGGGAAUGACAGAAAGUCAAGUAAAGGUGUGGUUUCAGAACAGGCGGACCAAAUGGAGGAAGAAGCACGCGGCUGAAAUGGCCACCGCCAAGAAAAAGCAGGAUUCAGAGACGGAAAAACUCAAAGAAACGUCGGAAAACGAGGAGGAUGAGGACGAGUACAAUAGACCCCUGGACCCCAAUUCAGAUGACGAGAAAAUUACACGAUUGCUGAAAAAGCACAAAGGAGCCAGCUCCCUGACCAUCCUGGACCCACACAACAGCCCAGAGAUUUUGUGA